AUGUCUUAUAAAAGAAAUAAACAGAGUUUUGCUACACAACAAGAAAGCAAGGAUAGAAAACCUAUCAAACCUAAUAGUAGUAAUUCCAAGCUUAGGGAAAGUAUAGUUAAAAAACUGCACAAUACUUUUCAGGAUAAUUUUGAUUUAUCAUUAAUUGCAACCGUUGCUCAAACUUGUGAAUGGGACAUUAAUACUGCUACUGAAGCAUUAUUGAUAUUAAGCGGGAAAAAGGAUUCCAAAAAAAGUAAAAGUUUAAAAUCUCAUCCAAAAAAUGGUACAAAAAAUAAAGCCAAAAGUUUGCCAGGAACGUUAAAGCAGGAAAAAUCCAAUGGAGAAAAAAAUUUAUAUGGAACAAACACUUCUCACUACAGUAGCACAAGUUCUCUUUCCUCAGGACAAGUUUGGCAAAGACAUUAUAAAAGCAAACCACAGAGUCCUGGACUAUUGACUAUGAUACCACCAAACAAUAAAGAAAACCUUAAAUUAAAAACUCCAGAUAUACCAAAAUCUACUUUAAAACCAGCUGAAAGCGAUGUAAGAAAAGCAAAUGCAUCAAUAAAAAGAAUUCAACAACUUAUACAAAAUGGCAUCAAAGUAAUGAUUAUUAUGAGAGGAAUGCCAGGAUCAGGAAAAAGUCAUUUAGCUCAAAUGGUUGUCAGUUUGAUGACAGAAAAUGAUUUGAGUCAGCAUAUUCUGAGUACAGAUGAUUACUUUAUCAUGUUAGGAAGGGGAAUUUAUGCAUAUGAUUACAAUUUACUUCCACAAGCUCAUAACUGGAAUCAAAAAAGAACAUCUGAAUCACUUAAAAGAGGAAUUAAUCCAAUUGUUAUAGAUAAUACAAAUACCCAAUCAUGGGAAAUGCAGCCAUAUGUAAUGAUGGCAGUAGAUCAUGAUUAUGUAGUGGAAGUUCUUGAGCCUGUCACGGAAUGGAGAAAUAAAGAAGCCGAGCUGGCAAAAAGAAAUAUUCAUUCUGUUCCUCGGGAAAAAAUUCGUCAAAUGUUGGAUCGAUAUGAACCGGGUUGGACGGGCGAAAAAUUAAUUAAAUCCUUUGGACUGAAAUACAAAACUAGCAGUUUAACUCCCGCUCAUCAAGAAAUUAAACGUCCUACUAAUUCUCUUCUCGAUCAGCAUAGGCAACACGCUGUAAUAAAUGCACCGGAAAAACCUAAACGAAAAAAAAAUACUCCAAAAAAAAAAGAGUCGGCUUAUUCAAAUGGGGAAGAAACUACUGAAGAUAAGGAAAAGCAAUUAGAGGAAUUAAAUAAACUUUUUGCGGAAUAUGGGAAAACCAUGGAUCCAGUUUCAAAACAAAAAGUAAUUGAAAGUGGAUUACCUAUUAAUCUCGUUGUAUCGAGAAUGAGGAAACUUCAAGGAAAUAUUUUACCACUCCCAAAAGCAAAUGUUUCAACAAGUCUACCUAAAACAAAAUCAGACUCUACUAGUGAAAAUACCAUGAGUCCAAUGCACGCGUACCACGUGCAUCGCCGAGAAUCAGUGUCAGAAUCUGUUGAACCAGACACAAUUUCCUCUUCUAACGCUUCCGAAACUAGUGAAUACGAAACUGACAAUGAUGGAGAUUUAUCUAAAUCGAUUGAAAUGCAAAAAUAUUUAGAAUAUAGUGACACUGGACGUUUUGUAAUUGGCGAAGAUCCAUCCGAGGACUACGACUUUAUUAGGGGAAUGGAAAGAAAAGGCAAUCAAAAUGAAAAUAAUAAAUCUAAUGAAAUAUCGUCGGCAAUGCCAUUAGGUGCUUGCGUUAUGCAAAAUUAUCUAAGUCAAGAAGAUUUAAGUUUGCUGAAUUACGAUGGAACUGAAAAUCAAAGUUCGGGGGAAGAAUCGCCUAGUUCAGAAGAAGAGGAAAGUCAAAUGUUGUCUUUACAAAUGUCUUUGAGAAAUGUAUUAUUGGAUGAUGGUAAGAAAAGUCACGGAUCAUCUGUUGACGCUUUGGACACAGCAUCCGGAAUUUGUCCUAAGGCAUGCCCUCAAACCACUGUUGAUAGUUCUGUCUAUAAUGCGUCUUUAAAUUCGCAUUGUGGUCCACCACAAGUCGAAUUAUCCGAUUCUCUACUAGACGUUUUUAAUAAACGCUUCGAUAAUUUAGCUAAAAACUUAGAAUCUAAAGCCGGCGAUAUGACAAAUGUUGUUCCUAUAAAUAAAUCACUUUUACAAAGUUUAGUAAAAAAAUACAGUGCGGAUGACAUUGAUAAAAUAUCUGCUGCGGAUUCUGAAGAAUCAAAUUCAGUCAAAAGUACAUUUGAAUUAAAACAAAGUCCAGACCUAGAAGAAGUGCCCCUUCCUUCUGUUCCUGUCUACAAUUAUACUGACACUAAAUUAUUAGCCGAUGUAAAAAAAACUACCCGCAAAGAAAAUCCUUCUUCAGAAAAAUCAAAAAGUGCGACGGAUUGCUCUGAAUGGUGUUCUGAAACCUUAGAAGAAAAGUUCGAAGCCGUUGUAAAUUCUUGGAAUCAGACCAUUAAUAAAGAACAGAGAAAAGAUGAUGACAGUCCUAAAGAAGCAAGACCCAGAAACGAUUAUUUGGGAGCUAUUAAAAAAACGGGAGCAAACACCCGAGAUAAAUCUCCGGAAGAACUGCUUCGAAGUGUGGAUUUAUCAUGGUCUUCUAUACCUUUUACAUCGUCUUGGGAGGACGUAAGUAAGAAACCUCCAGAGUUACAGAUUCCAACUUUUCCCAAACCACCGAGAAAAUCAACAUUAAAAUCAGAUUCGUCUACCAUUACUCUUCUCGGAGAUUUCGAUCUUUGGCGGAAAGAUGAAAAAGGAAUAAUUAAAUUAAAUACUUGUAGCAGAAACAUAAAUGAAAAUUAUAAAACACCGGAUAACCCAGUCAAUAACGUUUCAACGGUUUUGAUGUUGGAUAAAGGUUCGAUGACUUUAGAUAUUGAAGAAAUGAAUAACGUCGAAAGGGAUAACGCCAUUGAAACUUUAUGCGGAAUGUUUCCUGACAUUCCAAAAGAACAUUUAUCCUACGUGUUUGACAAAUGUAAGGGCAAUCUCAUUUGGGCGAUAGAAGUACUGCUGGAGACACCACAAAACUUGGCUGAAAAUACCGAAGAAAGAAGUUCGAUUGCUCAAGAAGAAAAUGCGAUAACAAAUCAUGCCGAUUACGUUUCUCUUCAAAAUGUUAAUAUUUCCGAUGGUAAAAAGACAAUCAGAAGACGAAAAGAUAAAAAAUCAGCAGUGAGUGAAUCGUCUCUUUUACUCAAAAAACAAAUCGAAGAAAGCAUUCAAAUAAACGAGGAUCUUUAUCAAGAUAAAACAUUGUUUUUGAAAAAACUUCGCCACGGAGAAAUCGAGUUUGGUGACGGACCCAUAAAUCCUCCAUCGGAAAACCCGAAUGAAAAUUUAGAAGAAGUGAAAGAUUUAGAAGAAAGCGAUGACGACGAGGAAGAAGAAACCAUUCCAAUGAAACUAGAUUCAGAAUUUUUCGGAAUCCUCACUCAAAUAUUCGGAUCUUCAGAGGGAAAUACUUGCAAUGCACAAUCUAGUUUCGAUUCGCCAAUUAUAAACAUUCCAUUUUCUUUAGCUCAGCAAAUUUACGAUUGUUGGGUUGAAAACGUCAACAAACAUUGGGAAGACAUGCAAAGUGCUUAUGACAAAAUGGCAAACGAAAAUGAACUUUUAGCUCUUGCACUACAAGAACAAGAAUUUGAAUACCAUCAACCGGAUUUACGCGAAAUAAUGGAUAUGGAAUUGGCCAUGUUGUUGUACAAACAAAAUCAGGCCCAUAUGCAUGACAAUAACCGAGAAACAUUUGCAACAAAACUAUCAAAACAACUUUUAUUUGAAGCUUUUCCAAAGAUGGAUCAGAAAAUGCUUUUAGAUUUAUUUGAAAGUGAGGGAAGAUCGUUUCAAAGAACUAUCGAUGUAUUAAGCUCACAAGAAAAUUCAUCUCCCAUAACAAUGGUCGCACCUGAUUUUUUGGCUUCCCGGGGAAAUAUUUUAUUAGAACAAGCCAAAUCGGAAAAGCUUGAGAAGAACGUCGAAGAAACUAAAAAACCGCUUAUAGUCGUAAAGCCGAAAGUAACGAAAAAAAAAGUAUCCGGGGAUAAAAAUAUUUUAAUGGUCGAUCCGAUAGAAUAUCGUCAAAAAGCAUCCCUCUUACUACAGCAAAGAAAUGAUUGUCUUCGUUUGGCUCAAGAAGCUUCUAGAAAAAAAAGUUAUUCGGUCGCAUCGUAUUUUUCUUAUUUAGCGAGCUUAUAUAAAGAGAGAAUGAAAGAACUGAACAGAGAACCAUUUCCGCCGACUCUUUUCGAUGAUAAAAAUAAUAAGGGAAUGACAAAAAUAGAUUUACAUUUUCUAAUGGUUCCCGAGGCUCUACAAAUCCUCGAUCUUUUUCUGGAUCAUCACAUUAAAACAUUAAGAAAAAAAUCCUUGACAUCCGCAACGUUAGAUUUAAUAACCGGAAGGGGACAACACAGUUUUAAAGGAAAAUCUAAAAUUAAACCUGCCGUCGUGAAAAAAUUAACGAAACGUCAGCUAAGAUUUUCCGUCGUUAAUCCCGGAAUGUUGAGAGUUACCAUUUAUAAAACUGAUCUUUUAUCCGAAGAUUUGUAA